GCUGCACGGGGGACCUACAGACUGGAUGAAGGACUGAGGAGGAGACUACAGUUUGUCACGAUGGCGGGGCGAGGGCACCCUGCCACUCUCCUUCUUCUUUUUCUCUUUCUUGUCCUGGUGGGAAGCCUCCCUGAGGUGAAGGGCUUCAGCUACUUGUCUGGAUAUCGCCUCAGGUCUCGCCUGCAGAGGGACCGCCACAUGAGAAACGUCCGACCCAAUAUCAUUCUGAUUCUCACUGAUGAUCAGGACAUAGAGCUGGGUUCAAUGCAGGCCAUGAACAAAACUCGUCGAAUCAUGGAGAAAGGCGGCACACAUUUUUCAAAUGCUUUCUCCACCACCCCCAUGUGCUGCCCGUCCCGGUCCUCCAUCCUGACAGGGAAGUAUGUGCACAACCACCACACUUACACCAACAACGAGAACUGCUCCUCGCCGUCAUGGCAGGCCCACCAUGAGCCGCACACAUUUGCCGUGCACCUCAAUAACUCUGGUUACAGGACAGCCUUCUUUGGAAAGUAUUUGAACGAGUACAACGGCUCGUWUGUGCCCCCUGGCUGGAAGGAAUGGGUGGCGCUGGUGAAAAACUCUCGCUUCUACAACUACACCCUCUGCAGAAACGGAGUGCGAGAAAAACACAACAGUGAUUACUCAAAGGACUACCUGACAGACAUCAUCACCAACGACAGCAUCAACUACUUCCGUAUGUCCAAGAAGAUGUACCCUCACCGGCCCAUCAUGAUGGUCCUGAGCCAUGUGGCUCCACACGGUCCAGAGGACUCUGCCCCACAGUACAGCUUUGCCUUCCCCAAUGCCUCGCAGCACAUAACUCCAAGCUACAACUAUGCCCCAAACCCAGACAAGCACUGGAUCCUGCGCUACACUGGACCCAUGAAGCCGGUCCACAUGCAGUUCACCAACAUGCUCCAGAGCCGCAGGAUGCAGACUCUGCUGUCUGUGGAUGACAGUGUGGAGAAGGUGUACAACAUGUUGGUGGAGACAGGUGAGGUGGACAACACCUACAUCAUUUACACCUCGGACCACGGCUAUCAUAUUGGCCAGUUUGGUUUGGUGAAGGGCAAAUCGAUGCCUUAUGAAUUUGAUAUCCGUGUACCUUUCUACGUACGAGGACCUAAUGUGGAGCAAGGCACCAUUAAUCCUCACAUAGUGUUAAAUGUCGACCUGGCACCAACUAUGCUGGAUAUGGCCGGUGUUGACAUUCCUGCAGAGAUGGAUGGCAAGUCCAUCCUCAAGCUGCUGGCCACCGAACGACCCAUGAACAGGUUCCAGCUGAAUAAGAAAAGUAAAACAUGGAGAGAUUCUUUCCUGGUGGAGAGAGGGAAGCCUCCACACAAGAGGACUGAUGGGAAGGAAAUGGCCCAGGAGGARAACUUCCUGCCAAAAUACCAGAGGGUGAAGGACUUGUGCCAGAAAGACGAGUACCAGACCUCCUGCCAGCAGUGCACCAGCGCCAACAACAACACAUACUGGUGCCUCCGGACCAUCAAUGACACCCACAAUUUCCUGUUCUGUGAGUUUGCCACUGGCUUCCUGGAAUACUUYGACCUCAACACUGACCCCUACCAGUUGAUAAAUGCCGUGAACACUCUCGAUCGCAACGCUCUGAACUCACUGCAUCAACAGCUCAUGGUCCUGCGRGGCUGCAAGGGCCAUAAACAAUGCAACCCUGAGAAGGGAGGAAAAGAGAGAAACCACUUCAGUGACUACAGGCCAGCUCAUCGUCGAAAGAGGCCAAAAGUGAAGAAGCCCUCGUCCAAAUCGCUGGGGCAGAUUUGGAAAGGGUGGGUUGGUUAACCAACCACAUCCCAUCACCCAUCAAACUGGUGUCUUCCAGCAGAGGAAGGAGGAGUUUGUUCCAACAAGAGGACCUUGACCUCACUUCACUGGACCUUAACCUGAGAUAUACUAAACCUGGGUUUCAUUUUGUGGAAGAGCAGCUCUUUGUAGCGUUUGCCUAAGAGGAAGAGACACGGAGUCUAAAAGAUUUUUUCAGUUCUCUGUUCUGAAAUACGUUUGUAUUUGUUACCUGUUGACAUGAGCUGCAACAGGUUGUAAAUAUGUGGGACGUUUGGUGUCCACGAGCCAUCCAUUCUGACAGUAAUGUUUGUAGAUAAUACACAGGACAUUGCUUUAAUCUGCUUUAUUUCAUGGCAAACGGGACUAUGGAAGCAUGCCGAGCUACAGGUCUACUCUGCUGCUACAAAACGAUGUCAUGGCUUCAUGAUCGCUAUGUGGCUGAUGAUGAUGAACUAAAAACUUACGGUAACGUCUUUCCUUCCACCAUGUUUGCACGUGGAACUGCUGUGGACUUUAUAACAACUCACUGWAAGACUUUUCACCAUAAUCUUUUGUAUUAUAGUUGAUUUUAACACUGAUGAAUGUCUUUUCUGAAAAGUAAUCUGCCCCACAGCUGCCAGAUGUGACCAGAGUGUCUCACACCGACCACCACCUCACAAUCAUUACAGCUCCAGAAUAGUUUCCCAUCAACACAAAGCAUCAUUAGUGAAAAUAAUGUUAUUUAUCCGUAUCGUCAGUAUCACACUGUUUCCAACUAGCUUGUUUAGCUUAUUAUACCUGGUGCUAAAGGAUACAACACAAAAUAAAACCUUGGCUGUACAGUACAGUAUGUAUUUGAAUGUAUGUUGUGCAAUUAAUAUAAAUGUUUACUAUAUUUUUUAUAAUACUGAAGAGGCAGACCUCGUUGUACAAUAUGAGUCGACAAAAUGAACGUGUAGGAUGAAACGUAGCUUGGAAAUUUCCUUACCCACAAUUUGUAUGUUUGUUGUUUACUUAUUUACAUGAGAAAAGCACUUAAAGGGUUCACUGUGAUACGUUGUACCUUCAUGGAUUCAUAGUCUACUUUGUGCCAGACAAAAACAAAACAAACAAAAAAAAACAACAAACAAACAACGUAAUUCCUGAUGUGAAGUUUAGCUUUUAUUUUAUUUUUUUAUUUGCAAAUAUUUCCAUAGACUUAGAAAUGUAAUAGUAUUUGUGAAUAAAGUGUUUUGGGUUUAUUUUAUUUUUUUGCAGGGGGUGGGGAAUAAAUAUGGCAUGAGUUUUAUUUUGAAAUCA